UAAUCUAAUGUAGAUUAGGUCGAUGACAGGUAUAUGAGGGGUUAUAUGAUAGGUGUAUGAAGGGAGCAUGGGAAUAAGGCGUGAGAUUGAAAGCACUAAUUUGGAUGAAAGCACCAAAGACAGAAAGAUGGCCUAUUUCUGAGAGAAGCAGUUUUUACCUGUGCGCUGGGAGAUUUGUGUCGGAACAAUGAAAAAGUUCCUGAUUGCAUUUGACUUUGACGAAACCAUCAUUCAGCACAACACGGAUAACGUCAUCCUGAAAUGCAAUCCAGAGGAAAAGCUCCCAGAGGAGUUGCUCAAGUCCAAAGAGGAGGGUUACUGGAACGAGCACAUGGGCAAGGUGUAUGAUUACCUCUGUGACAAAGGCGUCAAACAAGAACACAUGACUAAGGUCCUAGCAGAAACUCCGCUCACUAAAGAGAUGUCGACCUUGUUCCAAUUUCUUAAGAAACACUCAGAUCUAUUUGAAUGCAUUAUAGUCUCCGAUGCCAACAUCUACUUCAUCAGUACCAUCCUUGAAGCCAACGGACUGUCCGCAGUCUUCCAGAAGGUCUACACAAACCCCUCAUACUUUGACAACAGAGGCUCGUUAGUGAUCAGCCCCUUCCAUUCCCACAAGUGCCAGCAAUGUCCCGUCAACAUGUGCAAACGGCAGAUUCUUCACGAACACCUGAUGCAACGCCUCAAGGAGGUGCAGAUCGAGAAGGUGCUGUACGCCGGCGAUGGGGCCAACGAUUUCUGCCCCUCCUCAGUCUUGACUGCCACUGAUGUCGUCUUUCCGAGAAAGAAUUACCCCUUGGACAGGAUGAUCUCGGAGGUCAAGGGGGUGAAGCCCCUUGUGUUCAAAGCCCAAGUGGUUCCAUGGGAGAACGGGGGAGACAUCCUGGCCUUCCUUCAGGAGAUGACGAGAUCCCUCUCGGAUGCCCCAAAUAAUCAGGAAUUCACUGCCUCGUGUAGCAAUGCAAAAGCUCUGUUGGGGUAGUGUAGCAAAUUCUUAGCAGUCACAUUGCAUGAUUUAAAGCUUACUUAAUUAUUUAAUUUAAUUUAAUUGUAAUACAAGCUCAGGGGCCUGUGGUUUAUUUCUCUCACCUAACAUUGCCAGUUAGGUUAUUAAUAGUUGAAUGUAAUAAUUGUGUCCACACACUGCUGCAAUUGUAGAUACUCAUUCGAAGAAACAAUGCACCUUUUUCGUGUAACACACGGAAAAGUAGGUUUCCUUCAUUCUAUUAUGUAAUUUAGUGGAAAACAAGGGGUUGUAGCAACCUGCGAUAGUACGAAUGUUUGUGUUAAGAAAAAAACAUUUGCCGGUGAUAUUUUGAAAAUCCGUAAUAUAUUUAUCUCAGCAAAGAUUCGAAGCGAUUUACGUUGUGUCUUUACCAAGCACAGAGAGCUAACGGCAGUAUAAAUAAAUGCCAAUAGUAAUAUAAUAA